AUGGCUACAGCAUUCGAACCUUCAUUCUCUGCCAGCGGUAGCCGGCCAACUAUGGCCCCCGUCGGGCCAUCCGUCGUGGACUCUCUCCCAAGCAUCAAUUUUGGAUUCGACGAUUUGCGGGAUCGCAUGGCCAAAUUCACCACCAAGUUUGACGAAUUCAUCGAACAAGGUCGAAAAAGAGUGUUGGAAGAACGCAACAAAUUCCGCAUCAAUGUUGUCGAGCUUCAAGAGGACCAACGCAUGAAGAAAAGAGACAUCGAAAUUGUCCAGGUCAAGACGGUAUCCUACCAACAGACUCUCGAAAAGGAAGACGCCGAAACGCGAGAAAUGGAAGCCGCCAUCGCCUCGCUCUCCGCCCAGCGCGAUGCCCACCUCGCUACUCGAGACAGUCUCAAACAGCAAAUCGCCCAGACGCAAGCAGAGAUAGAAUCGCGGCUUGCGGCCCAGCGAGCACACGCAGCGCAGCAAGAGGCGCAGCAGAGGUUCAACGUGCCGGAGCUGGAUUUUUGGAUAACGAACUUGUGCUUGCGGAUCGAGGGCGCGGGGCAGGCUGACCGGCUGAAGUUUGUGUAUACGCACAUCGAUGAGAAGAACUGGGAGAGAGAGGCGUGGUUUGAGCUGGUGACGAGCUCGAGAGAUUACGAUGUCAAGCACUGUCGGCCGAAAUUAGAGAGGGACGACGUGGAGAGGGUGCUGGAGAAGGUGAAUGAGAGUAGAGAGUUGGUGGUGUUGUUGAAGGGGAUGAGGGAGCUGUUUGUGGAGGCUAUGAAGUCAUAG